GAAUUUGAUCUCUAACUCGUAAGUGUUGAUGUUGUUCCUUUGCUGUUGCAAAUUAAGUGCUGCUUUGAUUACUGUUCUCCGUUAGAGAGUGAUUUUGAGGUGAUUUAUAACUCGGUUUAUAUGAACAUACAUUCGACUCCAUAACCUCAAAUGCCGCACUAAUCAGUGAUGUGUGUGAGCCGAGGACUCAAACUAUUGACUACACAGACUCCAAACUCGAUCGUAUCGCAGAAGAUGAAGCGUCUAGUCUCUCUAGCGCCACCGUAACUGCCCUACCCCGCCGCCGUAUUCCGUUGCUGAUGGCUCAAACUAGUUCACAUGCCGCCGCCACCAUCAAUAGCGGUGUGUUCCGCCGCUUAUUUUGCCCCCUUUCAAAUUACGCUACUCCUUGACGUCCAUUGCGAAUUUAUUUCAGGCGAGGCGAGUUUUGUUUAGAGAUAAUAUUUCUUCUUAUACGUCGAGGGAGCAAACAAUUGCGUUCAGUAACUAUUAACGAGCAAAAGGAUGUAAUUGCUCGCAAAAUGGCAGCUCUUCUGAACUUGAUACAUCGAUAGUCUGACUGACAAUUGAUUUUAAAUAAUCUGCAGUGAUCCUAUGGAUCAGCUGAAGAUAGUUGUCCAAUGUUGUGAUACUGAAAAUGAACUCACAAAAAAGAAUCAGAAGGGACUUGUGUCACAUGCUUGAGAAUACUGUUUGGUCAUGCAUUUUCUCAUCUCCUGGCUAAAAUGCAAAAACAUGAGUGGUUCUGGUGCCCCAGAUGCAUCAAUUAUUGAGAAUUUGAAGAAAUCCCUUAUGGAGUAUGGGAGUGAGCUUGUUAAACCCUAUGAUUGUACAGAAGUGCUUACUGAAAGACUUGAUAAAUUGGAGCAUCUUUUAUCAGGUACACCUCAAAACUAUAAGAAACUGGUGGAGACUUUUCUUCAACCGGCUAAAGAAGCUCUAAUUACCAGAGACCUUAUAGGACAUUCUGAAUUGGAUGUAAGAGUUUCAGUGGCCUCUUGUAUUAGUCAGAUCAUAAGAAUAACAGCACCUGACGAACCUUAUGGGGAAGGCGAUAUGAAGGAGUUUUUCUAUAUAGCUAACAGAGCUUUUGGGAUGUUUCCCUGCAUGUAUGGGCGAGCAUAUUCAAAAGCCGUGUCCAUCCUUCAUACUAUGUCAUUUAGCGAGUCCUGCCUUAUGAUGCUGGACCUCGAGUUGCAUGACUCCAUUCUUCACAUGUUUCACCUAUUCCUAGGUGGAAUUAGAACCGAACAUCCUUAUGAAGUCUUCAUAAAUAUGGAGAAAAUUAUGACGAUGGUCAUUCAUAACAACGUGGACUAUGACGAGUUCUCAUUGGUGCUUGUUAAGACCCUUCUUAAUAAUUUGAGGAAGGAGAAUCAGAAUGUUGCACCAGUUUCUUUCAAGCUGGCGGUGAACACAUUGAAGAAUUGCUCUGCUGACCUCAAAGCAUAUCUUCCAGAAGCAGUAGGGAGUUUGGAUGUUCCAACUGAGGAUUAUGCUGAAGUAGUUGUAUCACUUUUUCAGGAAGCAACCCAAAAGCAGAUCACGGACCCAGAUACGGUUGAAAAUGUUUUGUGUCCAGGGGAAGCGGGAUUAACAGCAGAAGUUGAUUUAUGUAAUCAAAUUGAGGGCAAUGAAACUCAAAAUUCCAAAAAUGAUGACAAUGACAACGAAAAUCAAGGGAUGAUAUCUCAUUCUCUUGAUGAUCCUGAUAAAUUAGGCAAAGCAAUGCACAUGCCACAACAGAAACCAGAAGAGUUGCCUAUUGGGAGAAAGAGAAUUCGUAGACCAAGUUCACUGAAAAAAGCAGAUGAAGGAUAUGAUCCUUUCUGGAUGUUGAUUGAUUGGAGGUCAAUGAAAUCACAUGGUAAAAUAAAUAAAAACACAAACUGUCCAGCAAAAAGCAAAAUGUCAAAGAAUUUGUCACCCAAGCUGGCAGGCAAAAAUAUCAGCGGGUCCAUUUCUCCAAAUCCUAGUAAAAUGAAGAAAGAGACUAAAAGACAUGAAAGAGGUUCACCGAAUAAAACAUUAGAGCCUACUAGUGAAGGAGUGGCUGUUGUGUUGGAGGAUGAGGAUCAGACUAGAGACAGCAUUGUUAAGAGCCGCUUUGAAAAAGGGCAAGGGUCUUUGCUUAAGGUAUCUUCUGUGAAGAAAAGGAGAGAGACUAUUCUUUCUGAAGACCUAAAAGAAGACAUCAUGCCUGAUGGAAUACAGAGCCGCGCAGAGAAAGAGCAAGGGUCUUUGACAAAGGCAUCUCCCGUGAAGAAAAGUAGGAGAAAGGCUAUUAUUUCUGAUGACCUAAAAGAAGAUAUCAUUAGCCACUCUGAAAAAGGGAAAGGGUCUUUGAUGAAGGUAUCUCCUGUGAAGAAGAGUAGGAGAAAGUCUAUUAUUUCUAAAAACCUAAAAGAAGAUAUCAUGGGCCACUCUGAAAAAGGGCAAGGGUCUUUGACGAAUGUAUCUCAUGUGAAGAAAAGUAGGAGAAAGGCUAUUGUUCCUGAAGACCCAAAAGAAGAUAUUGCGCAUUCUGGUGGAAAACAGAGCCACUCGGAAAAAGGGAAAGGGUCUUUGACAAAGGUAUCUCCUGUGAAGAAAAGUAGGAGAAAGCCUCAUUUUUCUGAAGACCUAAAAGAAGAUAUCGUGAGCCUCUCUGAAAAAGGGCAAGAGUCUUUGAAGAAGGUAUCUCCUGCGAAGAAACGCAGGAGAAAGACUGUUGUUUCUGUAGAGCCAAAAGAAGAUAUCGAGCAUUGUGAUGGAAUACAGAGCAGUUCUGAAAAAGGGCAAUCGUCUUUGACGAAGAUAUCUCGUGUGAAGAAAAAUAGGAGAAAGUCUAGUUUCUCAGAAGAUCUAAAAGAAGAUAUUGUGAUAUUGCCUUCUCAAUGUAGACCAAUGUCUUCACAAGCUAAAGCCCGAUCUGCUGAAGUGUGUAAAGAAAACCUAAAAGGAAGCAUGCCACGUCCAAGGAAGAGAGCUGCAAGCGGGUCGGUUAGAGAAGAGGUGGUGGGAUGCAGAAUAAAAGUUUGGUGGCCUCUUGAUCAGAAGUUUUACAAAGGCAAAAUCAUGGAUUUUUAUGACUUAACCAAAACCCACAAGGUCACUUAUGAUGAUGGGGAAAUUGAAAUAUUAGACCUAACAAGUGAACGCUGGGAGCUGCUACGAGAUAUCAAUUUGUCUGCUGAUGAGGAGCCAAAGAUUGGUGCAGAGUCUGCAGAACCUAGACCUUCUCAAGCGCAAUAAGCUUCUCUUUCAAUCAUGUGGCCUUAAUGUUUUGGUUAUUGCAGUGUCUUGCUAUCGGGAGUUUAAUGUGAAGAUUUCCCUUACAACCAAGCCGUGCUUAAGUCGGGUUCCGGCAUUGUUUCUGAAAUAAUUUUGCAAAAUUUGCUAGAGUCUGUGAUAUGCAGUUUAAGUAUUUGCCUUUUGGACGUUCGAUAUUUUUCAGCAUCUUAAAUUGGUGACUUUCAUCUAAGACUUGGUUUGCUUUACAGUUCUUAUACCCAAUGAACUAACAUUGUGAAAGAUACUGUAAAUGUGCUCUAAUUCUUGGCAUUCGAAAAUUUUAGCUAGCUUAUAUGA